GGGGUUGCCACGGGGCGACCCAGCGCAGCGGUUUUCACGUGACAUCUCCAGCAUGACGAUCCUCUCCCGCGGCAAGACCCGCUUUGUCGCGUCGCCGCGUCGCACCCCAAUCGCCGAAAUCUACAUGGCCCCUCCACAUUGACGCCUUCACACCCACCUCGAGUGCGCCAUGUCGAUCCGCAGAGCGGCAACCGGCCUCCACGGGGCCACCCUGCCUGCGCGCUCCGUCCAUCUGCGCAUCAUGCCUCGCCCAGCCAAUCUGUCCGAGAGCCGUGAGAUUUUCCGCGUGCUGCAGCGCUUCGGUGAAAUGGACACCUACAAGUACCUACGCUACGAGUACCACAACCCCGCCGACAACGUCGCGCUGGCCAUCUUCCGCACCCCCGACGCCGCGCAGAAAGCCCUCGACGCCUCGCCGCUCCGCUUCUCCCUCGAGCGCGCAACCUCCACCCCGCCCCCCUCCUCCGCCGACCCCGAAGACGACCCCUCCACGCUCCCCGCCGCUUCCCCCUCCUCCGACCUCUCCGCCAUGACCACCCCCAGCCCGCUCCUCGUCCACACCCCGCCCGCCCCCGCGCCCUCCCCCACCCCACCCUCCACCCCCUUCCCCUUCGCGGCCCCGCCCCCGAAACCCACAGCCCUGAAGUGGUUCCAAGUCACCGUCGACAGCUCGCACGCCGUGCACCAGGACUUCGUCGAGCGGCAGCCGCUGUGGAAGCAGUUCACGCCGAUGAAGACGAUGGCGCAGCAGGACCUGGUGCGGAUUGUGCCGCGCGAGGGGCUGAGCGAUCUGGGCAAGCGGCCGCCCAAUGCGCAUCGCACGCCGAUCAAGAUUCUGAAGAGCAUGAGCAAGUAUGUUGAGUACGGGAUGCCGAGUCUGAGGAAGAUGUGGGAGGAGAGGAAAGAGUGGGAGGAGAGGGGGGAGGAGCGGGGGGCGGGGGACGCGGAUAAGGGCACGCAGGAGCGCGUGUGAGCUUUUCCAACGGCGUGGGGGGCCGUGAAGGCGCCUGGGCGCCGGCACCGGAGAGUGCGCUCAGGGACGCUGGAUCGGACGGGCCUCAUACAAGCACACUGCGAGGCGCCAACGGCAAAGCCUCGCCGCCAGACGAGAUAGGGUCGCAACGGUCCCAGCGUCACGCGUACACCGUCCUCGCCGUCCGCGAGCG